ACAUUUAUUUUUUAAUAGUUUCCUACAUGGUCUCCACGUCUCUUUUUUCAUUGCUUUCUUAAAUUCAGCUCAUAAAUGUAACUGACCAUCUGAGCUGUGUUUCUUACUUCCCCUUUGUUGUUAAUUUUUUGGGUGUGUGAGCUUUUAAAUGAAAGUCAAAACACAUAAAGACAAGUCACGUUGUUUCAAUUAUCCCCCAUGUUUCAAGCCUCACUCCCACCCUUCUCUCAUUUUUCCUCUUCAAAAUUAAAAAAAAAAAAAUCUUCGAAAACUGAGCUUUGCUUUCUUUUCUUCUUUUCCUGCAUAUUUCUUUUCACCUUUCAUUAGGAUCCAACAAUUGAAAGACUGUUUCCAGCUCAUGAAGAGAAGAAGUGUGUCAAAAAUGGGAAUUCAAUUGUUCUUUUUAAUGUUUGACCUCAAUCUUUCCACUUUAUUGAUUCUUCAACUGUAUGCGCACUGAGUAUAUUUAUGUAUAAACCAAAACUACUACAAGGAAAUGGAGUUUAAGAAAGAGAAGUUUGUCAGAUUUUACCAUGAAGAAAACAAUAAGGAUAGUAACUUAGAGAAGCCGUUACCAGUGUACAAAGUUGCAGCAGAACCUUUGUUUGAACCAGGAGGAGGUAGAAUAAAUAGUAGCAGUAGCAGUAGUGUCAUUCCUUCAGGGAACAGAAUUAAUAUUCACAAAUUUGGAAGCUUUAAAGUUUUCCCGGAAAAUGAAAAUCCAUGGAGGAAGCGGAUUCUUGACCCUGCAAGUGAUAUUUUCCUGCAAUGGAACAGAGUUUUUCUCUUCUUUUGCUUGGUAGCGCUUUUCAUUGAUCCACUCUUCUUCUACCUUCCCACGGUUCUAAUUCAUGGUAACUCUUCAUGUAUGGCUACUGAUUUGAAUUUAGGAAUCGUUCUUACCUUUUUUCGCACACUAGCCAAUAUGCUCUACUUGCUGCAAAUGAUCUUGAAGUUUAGGACAGCCUAUGUUUCUCCAAGUUCAAGAGUUUUUGGGAAAGGUGAACUUGUUAUGGAUCCAAAGAUGAUUGCAAGGAGGUAUUUGAAACUGGAUUUCUUUAUAGAUCUCAUAGCUGCCCUACCUCUUCCUCAGAUUGUGAUAUGGUUUAUCAUACCAGCAAGCAGAAGCUCCCAUUCUGAUCAUACCAACAACGCCGUUGUAUUGAUUGUUCUCCUCCAAUAUGUUCCCAGAUUGUAUCUGAUAUUUCCACUAAGUUCUCAGAUUAUCAAAACCACUGGCGUUGUCACAAAGACAGCUUGGGCAGGGGCUGCAUACAAUCUCCUUCUCUAUAUGCUAGCUAGUCAUAUCUUAGGGGCAUCAUGGUAUUUGUUGUCGUUUGAAAGGUAUGCAAUGUGCUGGAAAUCAUUAUGCCAAAAGGAAAUCGUCCCAGUUAGAUGCCUUCUCAAGUACUUGGAUUGUGAUGCUUUGGACGAUGAUAAUCGCCAGAAUUGGAUGAACAGUACUAUGGUUUUCAACACCUGCGACCCUGAAACAGAUACUUUCAAUUAUGGAAUAUUUGGAAAUGCUGUGACCAAUAACGUUCUGUCCUCACAGUUUCUUGAAAAGUAUUUCUAUUGUCUUUGGUGGGGUUUACAGAACUUGAGUUCCUAUGGCCAAAGUCUUAGCACAAGCACAUUUGUCGGGGAGACUUGUUUUGCCAUUCUUAUUGCCAUCUUGGGUUUGGUUCUGUUUGCGCACUUGAUCGGAAACAUGCAGACUUAUUUGCAAUCGAUCACAGUGAGGCUUGAAGAAUGGAGGCUAAAGCGAAGAGAUACUGAAGAGUGGAUGAAACAUCGUCAACUCCCUAAAAGUCUUCAAAAACGUGUUAGGAAAUUCGUUCAGUAUAAGUGGCUGGCAACUCGGGGAGUAGAUGAAGAAUCAAUCUUGAAUGGCCUACCUACAGAUCUCCGUCGAGAUAUCCAACGCCAUCUUUGCUUGGACCUGGUUCGACGUCUUCAGGUACCCUUUUUCGCCCAGAUGGACGAUCAGCUACUAGAUGCCAUAUGCGAGCGCCUGGUCUCCUGCUUAAGCACUCAAGGAACUUACAUAGUACGUGAAGGUGACCCAGUUACAGAAAUGCUCUUCAUUAUUCGAGGAAAGCUUGAAAGCUCAACUACAAAUGGUGGUCGAACCGGUUUCUUUAACUCAAUCACCUUAAGCCCCGGAGACUUCUGCGGCGAAGAGCUACUUGCCUGGGCAUUGCUUCCAAAAUCUACACUUAACUUGCCUUCUUCAACAAGGACAGUAAGAGCUCUAGACGAAGUGGAGGCCUUCGCUCUUCGGGCCGAAAACCUCAAGUUCGUUGCCAACCAGUUCAGAAGGCUCCACAGCAAGAAGCUUCAACACACCUUCCGUUUCUACUCCUACCAUUGGCGAACAUGGGCGGCUUGCUUCAUUCAGGCUGCGUGGCGGCGCUACAAGAAGCGCAAGCUGGCUCAUAACCUCAGCAUGGCGGAGUCCUUCUCGUUGCGUCAUUUUAGCGAACAAUUGGUUGGCGAGGACAAUGAAGAAUAUAAAGACGAAGGAGAAGGGAGUGGCACUGGAUAUUCUCCGAGUUCGAACUCGCAGGCAAAACCCCAUUUGGGAGUUACGAUUCUGGCUUCCAGAUUCGCGGCGAGCACGAGAAGAGGAGCCCAGAAAGUCAAGGAAGAUGUUGAGAUGCCCAAGUUUCAGAAGCCUGAAGAGCCAGACUUUUCAGAACUCGAGCCGGAAUAUGAAUAGUUAUUUCCACAAAAAGAAAAAGACUAGUAAAAAAAAAAAAAUCUUAUUUGUAAAUUAAGCCCUAAA